AUGAGUGACAUUGCAAUCGUUGGAUACUCGUUCAAGUUCCCCCAGGGUGUUGAGGAUGAUGAUGCUUUCUGGGAUGUUCUCGAGAACCGACGAAACUUGAUGACAGACUGGCCUGAAAGUCGUGUCAAGGCAGAUUCGUUUACCAAUAACAAGCAUCAGAGGUGGAAUGGAAAAGGCGGGCAUUUCAUCACCGAUGAUGUCGCCGCCUUCGACGCCCCCUUCUUCUCACUCACGACGAAAGAAGCCUCGGCGAUGGAUCCGAUGCAGCGCUGGACGCUGGAAGCUACUUACCACGCUUUCGAGAAUGCGGGUCUCCCAGUAGACAGUCUCAAGGGCUCUCGCACUGCCGUCUUCUCAGCCUCUAUGCUCGAGGACUACAGCAGAAUGACGGCUGUAGACCCAGAUAACUUGGAGCGAACAGCUGUCACUGGAAGCACCAUCUCGUGUAUUAUUCCCAACCGUGUCAGUUGGUACUUUGAUCUUCGUGGGCCAAGUAUCCACGUCAAUACUGCGUGCUCUAGUAGCUUGUCGGCUGUUGAUAUGGCCUGCAAAGCUUUGAAGAGCGGUGAUGCUUCAUGUGCUGUUGUGACUGGUGCAAACCUUCUUCUUGACCCAAGCAUCUUUCAAGUUCUGGCUAACCAGGGCUUUCUCUCACCUGACGGAGUUUCCUACAGCUUUGAUGAAAGAGCCAACGGGUAUGCACGUGGUGAAGGAGUUAUUGCUGUUGUUCUCAAGCCUGUGCAAGCUGCGAUUGAGAAUGGGGAUAUGAUCCGAGCUGUGAUCCGAUCGGUUGGCUCGAACCAGGAUGGCCAUACCCCGAUUCUCACGCAGCCGAGCUCUCAAUCUCAGGAGGAGCUGAUUCGCCAUGUCUAUCAGCAAGCAGAUUUGUCGAUGAGCGAAACUCGCUAUGUUGAAGCUCACGGGAAGUGCCAUAUUAUGAUCCUUCUGAUUAUGGACUAA